CGAGUGUUGGAUGUCAGAGGCUGGACGUUACAAAUGUAAGAGGAGUCAAAUCAAGAGGAAAUUGGGAGAGCGUACACAGAGAACAUCUGAGCUGUUGGAUCUUACUGGUGGUAGACGUUGCUGAAAUCCUUCGUGCAGAUGAGAGAGUGGGCGGACCCCGAGAUGGGCAUGGCUGCCGGAGGCUACCUGUCCGGAGCAGAUGCGUACGGCAUUGCAGAGCCUCUCCAAUAUUUCGAUGUGUUGGUGGAUCCGCUGGGAUAUCCGUAUCAGGAUACUGACCUGCAGGGUUUUCCCUAUAGCCAGCAACACUACAACCCAGCCAAUGUCCAGCUCUCUAUGUACGGACCACCAGGCUCUCAGCCAUGUAACCCCCCCUACCCCUACAGCCCCCAGUGCCCGGAGCCACCCUAUGAAGUGGAUAUGGAAUUCCAUGGACAGGUUAGAGGCAGUCUGGGAGGGACGCCCCUCAUAAAGAGGCCCCGGAUGGGCCCCGGGGCACGGGUGAAGGGCCAGGACGAGCUGUGUGUGGUGUGUGGAGACCGAGCUUCGGGAUAUCACUACAAUGCUCUCACCUGUGAGGGCUGCAAAGGCUUCUUCAGGCGCAGCGUGACAAAGAAGGCCGUGUAUCGCUGCAAGAGCGGUGGAGGCUGCGAGAUGGACAUGUACAUGCGCCGAAAGUGCCAGGACUGCCGGCUGCGCAAGUGCAGAGCCGUGGGCAUGCUAGCCGAGUGCCUGCUGACUGAGGUGCAGUGCCAGUCAAAGAGGUUGCGGAAGGGGGCCAAGCACCGAGGAGACUCACUCUCACAGCUGACCACUGAGGACGAGGAGAACUCAGAGAGCAGAAACGUUUCCUCUACCAGCAGACUGCCUGCACCGACACGGGUGUCACUGGGUUUAUCCAGAGAGCAGAAAUGUGUUCUGAAUAGAAUUGUGGAAGCUUAUCGUCGCUGCAGAGCUCAUGAUGGCACACACUGUCGGGUGCCCCAGUGGUCAAGCUUAGAAGUGGAUGGAGAUCGUCUAGCUGACUUGACACCUCUGCAGACAGAAAGGCUUCUGCAGUUCUCUAAAAGCAUACCUGGCUUUGACCUCUUGGACAAUGCUGACCAGAGCAUUCUUCUCUCCAGCUCCUCUGUGGAGGUCAUGUUCCUGCUCUCCGCUCAACAGUUUGCUGAGAAUCCAUCCUCUUAUAGUGCAGCUCUGUAUCCUGGAACUGUAUCCUCUGUAUCCACUCACAACUGGGUGAAAGCCUUACAGUCUAAGACCAACAGCAGCCAUGAGGCCAUACUAAACUCGGGGUUGAGUGAGGAGCUGUUGAGGCCGGUACUGAAUUUCUUCCACAGUAUGACAGCCAUCGCUGUGACUGAUGCUGAAUAUGCUCUUCUAACUGCUACUGCGGUGCUCUGCUCAGACAGGCCGGCUCUGCGUGCGGUGAGGUGUGUGGAAAGUCUGCAGGAGUUUAUCCUGGAUCUGCUCUCUAAGGUGUGCAGGAAUGGAGAGGGCACUGCUGUCGGGCCGUGUCGCUUCGCCAGGCUGCUGGGCCGGCUCACGGAGCUCAGGACGCUCCGCCACAACCACCUCACGCUCCUACCACAGCAGCCCUGGGACAUGCAGCACUGAGAGUAGCUUCAGGACAACAGAGAGAACAGAAAGAACAGAGAGGACGGGAGGACCCCAAAGCGCUGAUCAGCUCCCUGUGUUCAUAGACACGUUUGAGUAGGAAUACUGUGCUGUAUCCUAGUUAUGUACUAAACACUAACUCUAACUGUUUUUUGAGCAUAUAGUGUGUAGUGUAUACAUGAGUGCUGAAGAGAAAUAUACUGAACAAAUCCAA